UUCAGUGCCUGAGAAGACACCCAUGGACUGCAGUAGCAGUAGCUCUGGGAAUAGCCAGCCCAACUCCAGCCCGGAGCCCGAUCCACCGCUCUCCACCACUGCAGCCACCCGGGACGCUGGCAGUUCUCCGGUCGCUCCCGGCCCGGGGCCCCGGGCCGGGAGCGGGAGGCCGGCGGCUGCGAACGCUGCCCGGGAGCGUAGUCGGGUGCAGACUUUGCGGCACGCCUUCCUGGAGCUUCAGAGGACCCUGCCCUCUGUGCCUCCAGACACCAAGCUCUCCAAGCUAGACGUGCUGCUGCUGGCCACCACCUAUAUCGCUCACCUCACCCGCAGCCUUCAGGACGAGGAGGACGCUCCUACAGACCCGAGGCUGGGCGCUCUGCGCGGUGAUGGCUACUUGCACCCAGUCAAGAAAUGGCCCAUGAGAUCAAGAUUAUACAUCGGUGCUACAGGCCAGUUUCUGAGUCAUUCUGUACUAGAAGAAAAAAACAACCCAGGAGAUGCUUCAGCAGACUCGCAACCUUAGUCUCCCUUCUGCUCUGUAAAGUAGCAAGAAACUUUUAUUUAUUAGAAAGAUGGGUUGAAUACAUAUCUUCAGACAAUAACAAUUAUAAUUUCUCCAAGUUUAUGAAUGAUAUUAUAUGCCGGUGCUCCAUUCUUUGUUUUCAAGCUAAGUAGAAAUGAAAUUAAAUCUUUAUUCUAAUAAAAUCCUCUUCAGUGUUAUCUGUCACAGCUUAGUACAAUACGUAGCAUUUAAAAACCAACUAAGAUUCAUUUACAAUAAAAUAUGUAAAUAUCUGUAUGUAUAUAUACACACAAAUUCUACUAACUGUACUAUAUAUGACAAAUGAAAAGUUAGUGUUUUUGCUCAAUAAUAAGCUGUGUUUAUGAACGCUUUUAUGAAGAGUGAUUAGUGGCUGCAAGAGAUUCAGUAAAACAUUUCAAUCAAAUGUGCUAUUGAAAUCAGUUAGUUCAUUGUAUUUGGUUGUGUUUGAAAAGAAAAAAAAAAAUUUCAGGUAUAUUAAGGGUACAGAGACCUCCAUUUCAGGAUAAUUAUUUUCCCAAAAAACCUCCCACCUCCACUCAGUGAAUACUCAAUAUGUGGCAUCAGAGGGAAAGAUGCUUGGAGACAAGAGUGUUAAUGAGAAACCCUUAAAUCAUAAGUGGGUAAAGAACCCUAAUUCUCUUAUAAUAAGGCAGGCAAGUUCUUACUUAAGAGGAUUGUUUGGUCUAAAUAGGAAAGUGAGUAGAAACAAUCACUAUUGUUGUCGUUGAAGAUAGUGUUAACUCUUUAAAACUGGACUAUUACUUGGUACUUUAUAGUAAGCUUUGGUACUAUAUAGUAAGCACUUAAGUAAAACUUACUGAUAAAUUUAUUGAUUUGGUGGAUCCUCAGUUUUUUAUCAUUGGCUUUUCCUUCCAUUUCUGAAGGUCCUAAUUCAUCUAAGCCUAGACAAAAUUCUUGCCCAAAACAUUAUAUUAACCUUACACAUAAUAUCAACCCAAUAGGCUAGAAUGUUAGUUUUUUAUAUUCAUAUUAGACAUAUUUGGUGGGCAGAGUUGUAUACCAAGUCAGUAAGCAUUUAUUAAAAGCUUACUAGUUAGGCACUGUACUGAACUUUGAGAGUACAAAUACAAGCAAAAAGACAAUACCUGCCUUCAGGGAAUUUAUAUUCAAAUAAGGGAAGAUAACAGAAAUGGAAAUUAUAAAGUAGGGGGCAAGGGGAGAGAAGAUCCUUGCUGAAAGCAUGGGGGUAAAAGAAGCCCAAGAGUCAAGAACUGGGCAGACAAAGGAAUAAGGAUGAACAUGGCUGGCUUGGACACUUUCCUUAUCAUGGAGGUCUCUCAAAGAACUGACCAAUCAGAUGAAGGGGCCAUAGGAGCAUCAUGAUCUUCCUAGGUGAAAAGACUACUGGAUUAUUGUGCAGAAAGAAAUCUGGAGAGUCAGGAGUAGAGUCCAGAGGGGACUGGAGGAGUAUGCCAAUAUUAGCCACUCAAGCUGUUCCCCUCGUCUGUAAUUUUCCACAUUUCACCAAUCCACCUUCUUUCAUACAUAUCGUUGUUAAUAGUAUCUUUUAUAUACUAAGUGAUUAGGGGUAAUAUAACUUGCUACCUCCCACCAUAUAGUUUCCCAUCACAAACUGUGUGAUUUGAACUUGUAAUUUUUCCCAGAUUUCUGGUUUUCCAUAUUUCCAAAAGUUCCUAGGAACUACUUAGGCAGAUUUUAAUCCACCAAAAUAUAAAUCCAAAAGCAUGGAAUGACCUCUAAGCUGUCAGUGACCAACAGCUUCUGGGAUUGACUUACUAGGAUGAUGGGAGCUGUCAUAUUAUGAUAUAGUAGUUAUGUGUUAAUCUGAUCACUAGUUUCAGUUUUCUACUAGGACCAAGGGAAGGAACAGAAUCAGAAAAGAGAGUCUGACAAUCUGAAGAGAGCUGAGACAAUAUGAAAAAUACCAUGAUUUGUUAGGAUAUUUUGCUGCCCCAAAUAGUCACCAACAGGAGUCUAUUCAGUGUAUUCCUAACCCAUUUUCCUACUCAAGCUUUCCUACCGAGUACUGACAAAGUCCUUUUUCAUUUGUUGACAAUCUUGGGCUUUUAAACUACUGGCUCUCAAUGCAGUUCUCCACUCAAUGUUAGUUCUCUACUAGUGAAUAGAGAACUGUUCAAAGAACACACAUCUGGUCUGUUCCUUCAUUUUCUUUAGGCCACUGAGCUAUUUAAAAUCCACCUGGAGCAAAAACUGA